AUGGGGAUUUUAAGGUGUGCUUGCUGCCUAGCUGUGGGAAGUGUGCCAACUGCGGCCUACGUCGAGGGUGCCACCAGCUCAUCGCUCCUGGGCGCAUUAUUCCGCCCUCUGGACGCUUUGAACCUCCAAUCUGCUCUGGGCCCAUCCCCGAGCCUAUUGAGAGGAGAUCGGCCACCAGCAGUUGCUGAGCCGCGGCCGUUUCUCCCCAUGCAGGGAGAUAUGUCUCUGCUGGACUCCGCCAACACAUUGGAGCUUCUCACCAGCCUUAGACAGCCCCGUCAGCCACUGACGGAGUAUUUGCAAUGGAGAACUACGGGAUUUUCAAGCAGGAAAUUUACGAUUGUGUCGGCCCUCUUCGGAGACGAAGCGGCCGACCAACGGCUCAAGGACGCAUUUGGGCCGCCAGGGACCACGCAUGUGGAGCAAAAGGAAGAAGUCUCCAUGCGUGACGCCAAAAGGCGUCCACACACAUCCGACCCCCGGCUUCUCAGUGUAAAUGAGGCGUUGGGCCUCCACGGUUUUCCUCCUUUGCCCUACUUACCGCCGUUUCUCAAAAGUGGUGCAAAUGCGGUAAAUGGCACCGACCCCAUUGAGCAGCUGCUCGAACGCAUCAACAGUGGCCACGGCCUUCCCGAGACCGUAAUCAACGAAUACUCGUCGGCAGAGUACAAUUCCAUCCGCCCCUCCUGGCACCUGCCUUCAACAACCAACCCGUCUCCGAACAAAGGCCUUGCCAACAGUCCAUGGCCAAUUCCCCACAGAAAUAGUUCGGCCCAAGGCAGCACGACGCUCCCGGGGCCAGACGGGACCCGCCGUCUGAGCCACAACUUUUUGAACCGGGCGAUGGUAACCUCGAAUCCAAUCACUCUCUUUUACACCGCAGACGAGAAGUACCUCUGGGGAAGCAGUUGGACCACUAUCUUUAAAGUUGCACGGACCAAAACCUCCUUGGCUGUUGUGGACUUCGUGCGGAAGAGAGUAGAAACCAUCAUGGAGGACAAGUUUCACGGGGCUUAUGCGCUCCUCACGCAAGAGAACGUGUUCGUCGUUUCGACAGGGAAACGGUUGGAGGCCUACUACGACUUGCCCAACUCCAAUGGGGAUCGUAUUAUGAUGCACCCUGAGACCUUCACCCUUCAAGCAGGCCUUCAGAACCUUCAAGCGGAGGCGCCACGUCCUCAGGAAGUCUUCCGCGCCCUGUGCAUGACCCAUGAUGGCCACAUUGCUUGGGUCACUGACGUAGGCCGCCUGGGUAUAUUGAGCCGUGACGUGAGGAAUGGCGGCUUUCGCAAGGCUCUUGCCAGCCUGAUGUUAGGAGCUGCAAAGCGUGAGGGGUCCCCGGCUAAGACGGACAAAACUUUAACUCCAGACGGCGUUUCAGGUCCACCAAACGGCUCAUUCAGUGCUCCUGAGGAUAUUGAAGUGUCAAACAACAUUGCUUGCGAUGACCAAGGCGGAAUUUAUGUUGUGUCUUCCAAGUACAUGCACAAGGCCGAAUGGGACGGGGAAAAGCUUACUGUGAUUUGGGAAGAGCCCUACGAUCUUGAGCCAGGUCUAGGGGGAACUGCCCCCGUGCGCCUUGGCGAGGGUUCGGGAAGCACUCCCACUCUUAUGGGCACUGCCAGUCGCCGCUAUGUUGUCAUUACAGACAGCGCAAAGCUCAUGAACCUCGUAGUUAUGGACGCACGGACGGGGAAGGUGGAGGCCCGGCACCCCAUUACAUUUGGUGAUCCGACUGCAAAGGAGACGACGAGCGAACAGUCUGUUUUAGUACAUGGCUGGCGUAUGGCAGUUGUAAAUAAUCAGCCAACAGAAGAAACAAGAGUGUCUACCAAUUUCUUACACUACCUGGGGAGCCCCACGACCUUUCUUGCAGGACUCAGUUCUUCAGGCAGCGCCUUGUCGCGGCUGAACGACACCGUUGCAGCGGCCUUCCCCGUCAUCGUAGGGGACGCGCCCAAGGGCGUUGAGCAAUUCGAGUACGACCCUGACACCAAGAAGAUCCGCUCCGUUUGGGUGAACAAGGACGUUUCUAUCCCCAACGGCAUCCCCUCAAUGAGCGCAAAGUCGCAACUCAUGUACGGCGUAGGAAAACGAUGUCCUCUUGGAGGCGAGGCCGCGCCGUUGAGAGGCAUGUGGACCCUCGAGGCCCUCGACUGGUGGACAGGGGUCAGCAAAUUCCACUACAACAUAGGAGUGGGUCCGAUGAGUAAUUCGGUAUAUGCUGCCACGCAGAUUGGGCCCAACGAAAUCAUAACUGGAACAGCCGGAGGAAUAGUCAGGAUAAGGGAAGCACUAUAG